GACAUGCUUGAUCACAGCAGCUUCGAGCGCGCUCGGGGCCCAGCUCUCCUUUCUGCCAACAGUUGGAACUCAGUGACGGUACUGACCGCUUUCCAGUCGCUCCAGCAUACAUGUUGCAAACUUUCGUAAAAUCAUUCACUCACUUGAAAGACCGCCCACAUGCAGAUCGAGCCUUGCCCAUGCUUCAACGGGUAGCGGCCCUAGUAAAGCCUAUCAUGAGGAAACAUGGCUGGAUCUUGCCGUUAUUGUCUGAGUUUUUCCCCGACAGCCCGAAUCUGGUUGGGUUGAAUGUAAAUGGAGGAGAACAGAUUCUUCUGAGACUGCGCAUGCCAUGGGCUCCCGAUACCUUCUAUGAGGAAGAUCAGGUUGUUCGGAUAAUGCUCCAUGAGCUUACUCAUAAUGUCCAUGGCCCUCACGACGAAAUUUUUUACAAGUUUCUAGCUGCCCUCGAGGACGAAUAUGACACACUAGUGCGCUCUGGUUACGCUGGUGAAGGCUUCUUUUCUCCUGGGCAACGAUUGGGCGCAGGGGUAUCGCACGACCUUCCGCCACACAUAGCUAGACUCAGAGCUCUUGAAGCUGCUGAGAAGAGGAACCGCACAAAUGGUGUCCUCGGUAGUGGCGGCAGAUUAGGAGGCAGAGUCACUGCGUUGCAAGGCAUGAAUCCUCGUGAACUAGCCGCACAGGCUGCCGAGCGCAGAAAGCGCGAUGAGAUCGAGUGUGGGUCGGGUACGCUUGCCCAGCGCGAAGCUGAGAGAGCGGCCAAGGAAAGCAUCGAAGACAUUAUCGACCUUACGGACAAUUCUCCUCUAGAGCCGUGGUCUUGCCCUCUGUGCACACUUCACAAUGAGCCGAUUGUGCUGCAAUGUGCAGCAUGCUUCACUGUGCGUCCCUUCAACUCGCCUAGGACUGCAAGUCAACCACGUGUUAUUGCCGGACCAUCGAGGACACAUGAUAAUACUAGUACUUCCGGAUCAACGUCUGAUGCACGAGGACAAUCCAGGGUCCUUGCGGUGAAGCAGCCAAGCAAUUUCAAAGCAUCAAGUGACCCAACACCUCAUCCUCGCAAACCAGCCGAGACUUCAGCUGAUGAUGGACAAUGGUCUUGUGCAGUCUGCACGCUCGUCAACGACAAACAAACAAACAAAUGUACCUUGUGUUUAACAGGGCGUCCUCAAGUUUCCCCUAUGGGGUGGACUUGCAUAAUGUGCGGCGAGGCUGACAUGCCCCACCAGUUUUGGUCAUGUCGAUUUUGUGGCGCGAUCAAGACGGAGAGCACUUACGGCUGAAUCGGAAUUAGUGUCCUGGAGUAAUUUCACAUCCCCUGGGAUUCCAGGGCUCCACCUUACGAUAUAUCAUAAUACCUUGACUGCAAGGACCUUGAUUCUGAUGGUUUUCCCUCUCGUGUAUUGUUGUUUGGAGCCAUGCCCUAUGUGUAUCGUACGAUGGAGUAAUAAAAUCAUCACUCGCGCGCGACGCCGCUAGAGCCGCUA